UUUUUUUUUUUUUUUUUUUUUGGCUCUGCCGAGAUGGCUGCCAUUUCCCAGCUCCCGUCGUUCCUGCGAUUCCUGCGCCCCUUGGAAGGCAAUGCCAAGCUGUUUUCCAAUGCUGCCGCUCUGGCGCUCGAGAAGCGCGUCCCGCUGUUUGCCAAGUUCAACGACGUGACCUACAGCGCUCCGGCCGCCAAGUGGAUUCUUUCGAUCGUGCCGCUGAUUCAAGCCUUCUCCGGCAACCCGCCAGUGGAGAAGAUCGACCUGAAGCAAUCUUCGUCCCUCUUGUUCACAGGAAUGGUCUGGGCUUACUAUGCAACCCUGAUCACGCCACAAAACGCAGGAUCGCGCGCCCUCUGCAUCUGCAACAUGGCCAUGGCGAGUGUGCACGGUUACAAUGUCGCGCGUCGUGCCCGGCAUGACCUGAACAAGCAAUAGAUAGCACUGCGUAGGAUGAUGAAAAAUGAGGGUCCUGGCGAGUUCCGUCCCUUUUGUCAUUUGAGCAACAAGAAAGCUCUCUUUGCGCACCAUCACUCCAUUUCGAAAAC